AAUUUAAAGGGGACGACAUGAUUUUUAAUUUCGCCACAAGCCGGAUUUCUUACUCUUGCAUACAUUGUCGGAUGUAAUAUAUCCUGGAUAGAUUUCACUUUUACAUACUUGAUACGCACAACUAUUAUAAGAACAGAACUACACAACGUUUGGAAGAGAACUUUAUAUAGAGAAUGACAUCAUGAACAGGAAGUGAUGAACCACUACAGAACUUUUGAAGACAGGAACACCAGUUUUCUUUUGUACAGAACACGCUGACUGCAGUUGGUUGCUUUUGCUCUACACUUUCAGGCAUUACAAAUUUUGAAAAUUCUUUGGGACAACCUGCCAUACUCGAGGUAGACUCAAUGGCUGAGAGACAGGACAUCAAUGGGAGCACCAACGACUCGUGCACCAUUCUUUAUGACCACCGGACCCCAGCCAAGCUGCUCCUACCCUUAUGCUACUCCAUUGUCUUUUUUGUGGGCUUGUUUGGAAACACCUUGGCUCUGCAUGUAAUCCGCCCCAACCUAAAGAAUCUGAACUCCACCACACUCUACUCUACCAACCUGGUAUUAUCUGACUUAAUCUUUGCACUUGUACUACCACUGCGCAUUCUCUACUAUGCUAUGGGCUUCCAUUGGCCUUUGGGAGAAGGCCUCUGCAAGGCCACCAGCUUGAUCUUCUACAUCAAUACCUAUGCUGGCGUGAACUUUAUGGCCUGCCUGAGUGUGGAUCGGCUUGUUGCCAUGGUACUUCCACUGCGCUACAGUUUUUUGCGCAGUGUUCGGACCGUCCGAAACAUCUGCAUUGCAGUAUGGCUCCUGGUGCUAUCGCAGACCUUGCCCCUGCUGUCCAUGCCAAUGACCAAUCAAGAGUCUGAUGGUAACAUCACUUGCAUGGAAUACCCCAACUUUGAGAAGGUGGACAAUCUUCCCACUCUGCUCAUCGUGGCAGUAAUCCUGGGUUACGGCAUUCCGGUGGUGAUCAUCACGACGUGUUACAUCGUGUUGAGCUGGAAGUUACAUGUAAGUGCUCGGAAUAAUCAGGUUAUGGAGAAGUCGGGCCGGCACAAGAAGGCCAUGGGGAUCAUCUGUGGUGUGACUCUGGUAUUUGUGGUGUGCUUCAGCCCAUAUCACAUUAACAUCCUGCAGUACAUGAUCCGGAAGCUGCUUCACAAACCUGACUGCACAGAGCUUCAAUCCUUUCAGGUGUCCCUCCAUGUCACUGUGUGCCUCAUGAAUCUCAACAGCUGCCUGGACCCUUUUAUCUAUUUUUUCGCCUGCAGUGGCUACAAGAAAAGGAUUAUGAGGAUAAUUAAGAGGCCGGUGAAUAUGUCUUUCACCAGUGUUACUAAAUCUUCCCCAGACAGUUGCUCGAGGGACGCCGCUGAAAGUACUAAAAUGCAGCUGAACACCUUAAGAAAGAACACUUAGGAUUUGUUGUGCGACACAUGUGAUGGGACUGAAGGAUUUAACAAGGCUGAACCCACCGCUACAGCAUCCAUAGAUUCUCUAGGCCAGUAAAUAUUCUGCAUAAAAUGUACUGGAUAAACAGCAAACCUGCUCUGCUCCCUUAAUGUGUUAUGAAGGGAAUGACCUGUAUUAAAGAGUGAAUAUAUAUGUGUGUAUUUACAAUAACAACUGU